AUGGGUUGCUUGGUUUCAAAGCCCGAGGAGGUUGAUAAGGAUGCUUUCCAGCGCAAUGCGCGCAUUGACCGGACCAUCAAGAAUGACAAGAAGACGCUGGACCGGACCAUCAAGAUUCUGCUAUUAGGAGCGGGAGAGUCCGGCAAGUCCACCAUCAUCAAGCAGAUGCGAAUCAUUCACAGCCGGGGCUUCCCCGAGGAAGAGCGUCAUCAAACCCGUGCCGUAAUCUACUCGAACAUCGUCAUUGCGUUCAAGGUCUUGUUGGAUAUCAUGAAUGCCGAGGAUAUUGAUUUCGAGAACGAGGAAAAGACCAAGCCAUUUGCCGACCUAUUAGACAAUACGGACCCAGAUGUAGGAUCCAACGAAGCCUUCUCCAAUCUCGAGGUUCGCGAUGCGAUGAGGGCCAUGUGGAAGGAUGAAGGUGUGCAGAACGCUGUUGCACGAGGGCAUGAAUUUGCUCUCCAUGACAACUUGCACUAUUUCUAUGGAUCUCUCGAUCGCAUAUUCGCUCCGGGCUGGCUUCCUGAUAACCAGGACAUGUUGCAGGCUCGACUUCGGACGACAGGUAUUACGGAAACUUUGUUUGAGCUCGGGCAGAUGAACUUCCGCAUGAUGGAUGUUGGAGGACAGCGGUCAGAGCGGAAGAAAUGGAUCCAUUGCUUCGAGGGUGUCCAGUGUCUAUUGUUCAUGGUCGCCUUAUCUGGAUAUGACCAAUGUCUAGUCGAAGACCAGAAUGCUAAUCAAAUGCACGAGGCCAUGAUGUUAUUCGAAUCACUAGUCAACGGCGAAUGGUUCAAGCGCAAACCAAUCAUUCUGUUCCUCAACAAGAUUGAUCUCUUCAAAGGAAAACUCACCAUCUCCUCUAUCUCCAAGCACUUCCCAGAUUAUACCGGCUCGGACACCGACUAUGAUUCCUCGGCACAGUACUUUGCAGACCGAUUCCGCGGCAUCAACCGCAUCCCAGACCGCGAAAUCUACAUCCAUUACACUAACGCAACUGAUACAACAUUACUCAAGGCGACUAUGGAUUCAGUACAGGACAUGAUCAUUCAGAAGAAUCUGCAUACCUUAAUACUAUAA